GGGUUCCAGGAUUACAUCAUUCUUUAGUAUCCAUUUCAAUUUGCACCCAGGAUUCUCUUUCAAAAUAGACCUAUGUGAUUCCAAUACACUAGGCAACUUGGAAAACACUAGACAUCAGCAGUCUUAUCCAAAGAAAUAGGACCUCCAAAGACAAAGCAUCAGAAUGCUUCAACUAACUGGGGAAAAUGAGAAGAAUUUUGAAGUUUCACAAAAUGUCAGAAGGCCUGGACUGUGGAAAGAGAUUUCUUUUGGGGAUUACAUUUGUCACACAUUUCAGGGAGACUGCUGGGCUGAUCGAUCCCCACUUCAUGAAGCUGCGGCUCAGGGACGCUUACUGGCCCUUAAAACUUUAAUUGCACAAGGUGUCAACGUGAACCUUGUGACAAUUAACCGGGUCUCUUCUCUCCAUGAGGCAUGCCUUGGAGGUCAUGUGGCUUGUGCUAAAGCCUUAUUGGAAAAUGGUGCGCAUGUCAAUGGAGUGACAGUUCAUGGAGCCACGCCCCUCUUCAAUGCAUGCUGCAGUGGCAGUGCUGCGUGCGUCAACGUGCUGCUGGAGUUUGGAGCCAAGGCCCAGCCUGAGAUGCACCUGGCCUCACCUAUCCAUGAGGCAGUGAAGAGAGGUCACAGGGAGUGCAUGGAGAUUCUGCUGGCAAAUAAUGUUAACAUUGACCAAGAGGUACCUCAGCUUGGAACUCCCCUGUAUGUAGCCUGCACCUACCAGAAGGUAGACUGUGUGAAGAAGCUUCUGGAAUUAGGAGCCAGUGUUGACCAUGGCCAAUGGCUGGACAGCCCCCUCCACGCUGCAGCGAGGCAGUCCAGUGUGGAGAUCAUCCACCUGCUCACUGACUAUGGGGCUAAUCUGAAGCUCAGAAACGCACAGGGCAAAAGUGCUCUUGAUCUGGCAAUUCCCAAAAGUAGUGUGGAGCAGGCACUCCUGCUCCGAGAAGGCCCACCUACUCUUGCCCAGCUCUGCCGCCUGUGUGUCCGGAAAUGCUUGGGUCGAGCAUGUCAUGAAGCCAUCCACAAGCUACGUCUGCCAGAGCCACUGGAAAGAUUCCUCCGGUACCAAUAGCCCCAAUUGUCCAUGGGAAGCUAUUUGGAAAUAAAUAGGUUGUUGUCUGCUGUACCAAGGAUACUUAUAGACACCCAACAGUUAGACCCUUAGUAUCUUCAAAUGACCUGAUAAACUGGAACCUUAAAGUUUUUAGCUCUUGUUGUUAAUAAACUUAAAAAAAAUCUGUGAAGUAGAAUGAACAUAAUAGGCUAUUUUCUGAUAAUACAGGAUUUCCCAGUACCUAUGGGUCAACAUUCUGAAUAUUGUACAGACCCAUGUAAAUCCAGGUGAAUAGGAUUAUAAUGAAUGUUAAGAAUUCCAGGAUGUGCUCUUGAUUUAAUUCCUCUCUUCUACCCCUUCCUUCCACCUUUCCCCCUCUCUUUUUCUUUCUCCCCCACUUUCUUCUUCCUUGAAUAAAUCUAUGCUGUAA